CGGAGGCAGAAGGCCACCGGAGCGAGCCGCCUGGGCCAUGGGGCGGCAGGUCCAGAACGAACCUAACGAUUCCCACUUCCCGGCUCGCCCCAACGCUCGCCGUAGCCGGAACUCCGCCCCAUGCCAAGAGCCGUCUUCUCUUCCCCCGGAGCCGCGGGGACCGUCGUGGACUCUCUGGCGCUCCGUAAUGGAAGGCUUCAGCCCCUAACAAAGAUGGCCGCUCACCCCGCCCUACCGCGCCCUUCCGCCGGUAUCAAAUACUAACUAGACUGUGUUUCACUUUCGGGUCACUUUCGGUUCUCCAUGGCGCCGACUCCGAAGACUGCAGGGCGAAUCAAGCUAGAUUGCACUCUGCGGCCUGGCUGCCCGCUGGAGGUCGCUGCUGUCCCCAAACUCUGCAAGGAAUUCGGUCCAGAGGACUACCGCGAAGAGGACAUAGAGGAUUUUCUUCAACGGCUUGUGGAGAGUGAUCCCCAGGGCCUGCACCGGAUCCGUGUGGAUGGGAGCAGCGGGCGGCUGCAGCUGUGGCACCAUGAUUACCUCCUGGACCAUUUCAGUGAUGAGGGGAAAACAACUGGACAGAGUGACAGGGGCAAGGGGGCUGAGGACCUGGGCACCUACUGUGGUUUCCACAGGUCCUUCCUAUACCCUCCCCAAGGGCCUGAGCCCUGCCGUCAAAGCCCCCCUGCCUCAGACAGCCUGCUUCAGGUGGCCCUGCCCCAGAAGCUCCUGGUGACUGAAGAGGAAGCCAACCGCCUGGCAGAGGAGCUGGUGGCUGAGGAGGAGCGGAUGAAACAGAAAGCAGAGAAAAAACGACUCAAGAAGAAGCGUCAAAAGGAACGAAAGCGACAGGAACGCUUGGAGCAGGACUAUGGGGAGCCCAAGGCCAGGGCUACCACAGAUGGGGAUGAGAGCACCCCAUCCAGCCCUGGGGACCCAGCUCCGGGUCAGUGUAGUGAGGAAGAGGACUCACUGGAUCUAUCUAGCACUUUCGUGUCACUGGCUUUGCGCAAGGUUGGGGAUUGGGCCCCCAGUACCCGCAGAGAGAAGACACUAAGCCAGAAGCCCCAAGGCAGGGGCCCAGGCCCCCAGGAGAAGACAGAUCAAGAGGAAGGGAACCUUCCAAGAGAGGAGAGGCCCAGGCAGAGUCCUAAGCCACAGGCAUCUCCAGGACUGCUGGCAGCUGCCUUACAGCGGAGCCAGGAACUGGCAAAGUUGGGCACCAGCUUUGCUCAAAAUGGUUUCUACCAGGAGGCUGUGGUCCUCUUCACCCAGGCCAUGAAGCUCAACCCUCAAGACCACCGGUUAUUUGGAAAUCGUUCCUUCUGCCAUGAGCGUCUGAGUCAGCCAGUACGGGCCCUGGCUGAUGCCCAGGUGGCCCUUACCCUAAGGCCUGGUUGGCCCCGGGGCCUCUUUCGCCUGGGAAAGGCCUUGAUGGGACUACAGCGCUUUGAAGAGGCAGCUGCUAUAUUCCAAGAGACACUGAGAGGUGGGCCCCAGCCUGACGCGGCCCGGGAGCUCCACUCAUGCCUCCUUCAGCUCACUCUGCAGGAUCAGCGAGGAGGAAUCUGUGUACCACCUCUGUCGACUGGAGUCCCCCAGCCACUUUCCCAUGCUGAGCUGGGAGCCUCAGGCCUGCUCCCCAUAAGUCGCCCUCCAAGCACUGCUCCAGGGGUCCCUGGCCAUCUGUCUCCACCCUUGCAUUAUCUCCCAUGUCACCUGAGCCACCCCACUGGGCCCUUCCCCCAGACUCACAGUAGAAGACUGCCUCUCCAUCUCCAGGACCCUUCAAAGGGCUGGGGCGUCCUGGGACUUGGGCCCCAGCACCUACCUCAGGCCAGAUGAGGGAGGACCUGUCCCUCAUAGGGCAAGGCCAUGUGUACAUCCCAAAGGGAUGGGGACACUGUGGUGAAGUUCACUGCAUAUUUUGAGACCUAGUACUCCAAAUCCAUAGUUGAGGAUACCCCUGGCAGUCAUUCCUCUUGCCAUGGAGAACCUUCUUGGAGAGAAAGGAGCCCCACAUCCACUGAAACAUCCUCUCUUUGGUUUUCAAGCAGGUGGCUUCUGCAGGCAGUAAGGAAAAAAUAAAAUCCACCAAGGCUUAAGAAGAGAACUACAGAAGUCCAGGUUUUUAGAUGAUAGCAGAGCCAGCAGGAAGGCACCCAGGGCUUGCUCUGCCUUUUGGCCCUUGAGGACUCAUUCACAUCUAGAACUCUGUGCUCAGGAAUGGGGUUAUGGUGAUGAGGCCUGCAUCCCCGCUUUCAGCUUGAUGGAUGCUCCACUAUUCCUGAGCCCCGUUCUUGCUCUGUUUUCUCUAGACACAGUGCCCAGUUUGCUCCUCCUGCCCUGUUUCCUGUCCACACUGCUGUGCACACUCUGACCUCUCCUUUAUCCAGUGGUCUGAUGCUCACCCACUAGAGGAUUCACCAAGGGUUUGCAUUUGGGAAGUCUCUUAUCAGCUCCUGCCUGCAGCUGGCAAGGCCACUUCACACUCUCAACGACUGGCUCUCCCGCUGAAUGGGGCCUUGGCAGGCACCCAGGCUGCUGCCACCUUGGCCACUCUCUUUCUCCACCCCAGCACUGGGCAUUGUAAUCAGCCUUUCCAUGUGAAUUGACUCAGUUUUUCCACCAAGGGUCACUGCCCCAAAGGAGGCUGUAAUUCUCUACUUCCUAUGUAAGAAUCGUGAUCUUUUGAUUUCCCCUCUAAGAUCCUGGCAGGUCCCCCUGGCUGGUUCCUCCCUAUCCUGCCUGGGACUCUCAGCCCAUUUAAGUCUGGAUCUGCAGGGGACUUUAAGCCCCCCUUCCAUGCCGUUCUCAGACAAACCAUUCAUCUAGCUGCCCUAUGGGUCCUGCUCAAUACUAUUCACACCUGGAGAGAGGAGGUGUUGAAACAUCUCUUUAUGUAGGACUUUUCCAAAUGUUUUUAUUGUUUAUGGUUUAGGCCCCUUAAAUACCGCGUAGCAGGAUGAAGUCUGUCAUUACUAACUGGAUCACCCUGGACAGGUCUGUCAACAUCUGAGCCUCAGUUCCCUCAUCUGUAAAAAUGGGGGUAAUCCCUACCUCACAGGGCUGUUGUGAGGAUUGAAAGAGAAUGUGUGAGAAAAUGCCUAUUAAGUGCCUGGUACAUAGUGGGUGCUAAAUAAACCAAUUUUUAUUUGCAA